AUGGGUUUCGAUCUCAAGGAUAAAGUUGCCAUCAUCACGGGCUCUUCCUCUGGGAUGGGCUUCGAGACAACCAAGCUUCUUCUGGAGCUUGGAGCCACCGUGUACGGGUUCGACAUUGACAAAGCUCCCGAGUUAUUCAUAGCAAACCCCAAGUUCAAGUCCCAUCAGGGAGACAUUGCGGAGCCGGGCACGCCCAAGGCAAUCGUGGACGGCGCGGUGGCCGCCUUCGGCCGCAUUGACAUCCUGUGCAACGUCGCAGGCAUCUCUGACACUUUUAACGGGUUGGACACCCUCGAAGAGCAAGCGUGGCAUAGGCAGCUAGGUGUCAAUCUGACCGGUCCAACGUGGCUCUGCAAGGCGGUUGUGGAUGUCUUUCGGAAGCAGGGAGGAGGAGGCGCCAUUGUCAAUGUUUCUAGCAAGGCCGGCACCAGUGGAGCGAUCUGUGGGGUGGCAUAUACAGCAGCUAAGCAUGGUCUUGUGGGCGUGACCAAGAAUAUUGCCUGGCGGUACCACGAAGAAGGCAUCCGGUGUAACGCCAUCUGUCCUGGAGGGUAUGUCUCGGGUAUCAAAAACAAGAUGGACUUUAGCAAGCUCGACCACGAGGCUAUGAAAGUCUAUGGUAAAGUUCAAGAGCUCCAUCUCAAGGGUGCUUUGGACGUGACGGGUCCUCCUGACCGGCCUGCCAGGUUAAUGGCUUUUCUGGUUUCAGACUGGGCAGUAGACAUCAAUGGCGCCAUUAUUCCCAUUGAUAAUGCCUGGUCCACCAUUUAA